ACGCGAAGACGGCUUCGUUUCAGGAUGGUAAUUAACUCUUGUCAUGGAUGAAGAGGAACGUCAUUUGUUUUCGAGGAGUGUCCCCAGGUUUGAGGUUUGCGCAGGGCGGAGAGCAGCAGCGGGAGGAGGAGGAAGAGGAAGAGGAGGAGGAGUGUGUGCGCGUGCGCGUGCGAGCAGACAGUUUGUAGUCGGUCUCGCCUUUGGCAGCAGUUUGAGGAGAACCCGAGUCGGGGAAAAAGCCGUCUGAUCCCGGCCAACUCGCAAGGGGCAAUCCGCCAUGAGUUGGGGAACGGAGCUCUGGGACCAGUUUGAAAAUCUGGACAAGCACACUCAAUGGGGGAUCGACUUCCUGGAGCGUUAUGCCAAGUUUGUCAAGGAGCGGUUGGAAAUUGAGCAAAAUUACGCCAAGCAGCUAAGGAACUUGGUCAAGAAAUACUGUCCAAAACGCCCAAAGGAUGAGGAACCAAGGUUUACAUCCUGCCUGUCAUUUUACGGCAUCCUGAACGAGCUGAAUGACUACGCGGGCCAGAGGGAGGUGGUGGCGGAGGAGAUGGGCCACAAGGUUUACGGAACCCUGAUGAAGUACAGCCAGGACCUCAAAGCGGAGAGGAAGCACCAUCUGCAGGAGGGCAGGAAGGCGCAGCAUUUUUUGGAUCAGUGCUGGAAACAGAUGGACAACAGCAAAAAGAAGUUUGAGCGAGAAUGUAAGGAAGCGGAGAAAUCCCAAAUAACCUUUGAGAGGUUAGACAAUGACAUCAAUGCCACCAAAUCAGAAGUUGAGAAGGCCAAAGCGCAGUAUUACCUGCGGACUCACAUGGCGGACGAAAGUAAAAACGAGUACGCCGCCCAGCUGCAGAACUUCAACGCCGAGCAGUGGAAACAUUUCAACAACUCCAUACCGCACAUCUUUAAGAAUCUGCAAGAUAUGGAUCAGCGGCGAACGGUGAAGCUCGGAGAGACGUACCGAAGCUUCGCCGAAGCAGAACGACGAGUCAUUCCUAUUAUCUCCAAGUGUUUGGAAGGAAUGGUUUCGGCGGCCAAAGCCGUUGACGAUCGACGGGAUUCCGGCAUUGUUGUGGAGUCGUUUAAGUCUGGCUUUGACCCUCCGGGCGACUUCCCCUUUGAAGACUUCAGUCAGAACCUAAGUCGAACCGCCUCGGACGGGGCCAUCAGCAGCACGCCUAAAGGGGAGCGAGAGGGAGCCCCGGGGCCACGGCCGGACCCCAAACACACCAUGAGCAAAGCCAAGAACAAACUCUGGCUCUUCGGAAAGAAGCCAAAGUCCCCAUCUUCCUCUCCUCCUCCUCCACCACCUCCUUCAUCCUCCUCCCGGCCACGGCCCAGCUCACAAUUUUUCCCCCCAAAUCGAUUCAGCACCGAACGAGUCAACCAGUAUCUGUCCGAGAUAAAGACGACAGUCCCCCGAAUCCCCCAGAACUUGAAGGGGCUGAGAAGAGGGGCCCCAUCGGUGGAGGACUACAGCCACUUGCCCCCCGAGCAGAGGAGGAAGCGGCUGCAGCAGAAAAUUGAUGAGCUCAACAACAAGCUCCAAAUCGAGAUGGAUCAGCGGGAUGCCCUGAACAAAAUGAAAGACGUGUAUGAGAAAUCUCCGCACAUGGGCGACCCAAACAGCCUGCAGCCCAAAAUAUCCGAGACCAUUUGCAACAUGGAAAAGCUCCGCUCCGAAAUCCACAAACAUGAGGCAUGGUUGUCAGAGGUAGAGGGAAAGCAGGCCUCCAGAGACCGCAGGCACAGUGCCGACAACCACCAUCCCGCUCCCCAGGGCAGAGAGAGUCCGGAAGGCAGUUACACCGAAGACGCCGGUCAGGAGCACCACACACCUCAUCACCACUCGGGCCCCCCGCAGCCGGGACACCCCAGCACCGACCCGCACGACUUUGAUGACGAAUUUGAUGACGACGACCCGCUACCCGUCAUCGGACACUGCAAAGCUUUGUACUCUUUUGACGGUCAGAAUGAGGGAACCCUGGUCAUAGCUGAAGACGAGGUUUUAUACAUCAUCGAGGAAGAUAAAGGCGACGGCUGGACGAGGGCGAGGAAACAGAGCGGCGAAGAGGGCUACGUGCCCACCACCUAUGUGGAGAUCACCAUGGAGAAGAACUGCAAAGGUGCCGUCACCUAUAUCUGAAGCGCAUUUUGUCCCCCCCGGCCCCCACCACCCCAAGCCUUUUUCACCGUCGCGCAUGCUCGCGGCAAGUGUCCUUUUCAUCUACCUGUGUUCUUCAAUUUUGGCUUCCUUGCCACGUCUCAUCCAUCUCUUCCAUUCAUUUUGUAAGCUCUCAUCCACCGCCGUCGUAGCCGCAGUGGUGAGUGACUUUCUCCUUUUUUUUUUUUUUUGAGAGAGACUCGCAUCAUUUUAUGGACCUUGCAACAGUGUCUUCGUGUGAGAAACUGCGUGCAUGCUUCUUAUCGUGUUCAAGAGUGUUCAAGAUGUCUUAAAUGAGAAGUGAUUGACGUUUUGUGUCCGCAAUUUGCUUCGUCCUGUUGACAUUUUCGAAAGGGGCAUUGCGUUGAGACGCCACCAUUUUUAGCUUCUCUGAUUCCGCCACCCGAUUUUGGCGAGAGUGUUUGUCGGUUUUUGCUCCAUCCGCGCCAUCGCGGCCGAUUUCGUUCAAUUGCAGUUUUGCGAUCACACGGACGUUUUCCAUUUGUUGGAGGCGUGUGAUGCAAAUUCAUUGACACAGUUGCUCACGGAGCUGAUAAAUGUUAAUGUAACGUGUCACAAGUCACUCGGAUAUUUUUACUGUGCUCUACAUUUCAGGGGGAGAAAA